GGAGUGGUGUAACCUGAGCCCCGGAUUGUUUACCAGCUCCAGACCCGGGCAGGGAGCAGCGCGGCUCCGCCUCUCACACAACAGGUCUGUACAGGGCCCUAUGAGUCACUGGCCGGGAGCAAGGUGCGGCUCUCCCCCUUGUAAGCGGCGGUGCCAGUCCUGAGUGCUCACUUGUGACGAGGGACACUACACGGAGGAGAGAAGCCGGCUCUGCUACAUCUGACCCCGAUACCAGCGAAACAUGUUCAAGUGCGGCAUCGCCUACCCCAGGUGUAAAUGGAUCCUGCCCCUGCUUCUGCUCUGCGCCAUCAUCUUCGAUAUCAUCGCCCUGGCCGGGAGGGGCUGGGUAGAGACCGAGUCUGGCAGGGAGUACGCUUCUCUAUGGGAGACCUGUAGGACCACCGACAAUUCAUGCAGGUCCCUCAUGGACUACGCCUGGGGCAGAGCGACUGCUGCACUGAUGGUCAUUGGCAUCAUCAUCCUCAUCUUCUGCUUCAUCCUCUCCUUUGUUGGACUGUGUAUACCACGUAUCUCUUUGCUCAGAGUUAUCGGAGGGCUUCUCUUUUUGGCUGUUAUCCUGCAGAUAUGCGCUCUGGUCAUUUAUCCGGUGAGAUACACAUCUGAUGUGGCUUUGAAUGUGGAAAGCUACCUGUACAGCUGGACCUAUGGCUUUGGCUGGGGCAGUACCAUCAUUAUGUUCGGUUGUGGAGUCUUCUUCUGCUGUCUUCCCAAUUUUGAGGAUGAACUACUGGGGAAUGUCAAGACCAAAUACUUCUAUACAUCUUCCUAAAUUUAAGACUGCAUCUUUUUUUUAUUUCUCAACCUUUGGAAAGAGACUAUCAUGUUUGAGUGGGCCCAGUCUGUUGGGUUUCUAAAUUCCAUUUGCUACUUCUAUUUGUACAUUUGACCAUACAAAAAAAAUGCAAUUUGAUAUAUAUUUUUUCUACAAUUAAUAUUUGUACUUGAGUAGAAUAUCUUUUUCCCUGCUAAAUGCUUUGUCAUGUCCCUUAUGUGAUAUGAUACUUAGUUUUCUUUAGUACUACUGUAGUGUCAGUUGUAACCUUAUCUGGGUGCUGUAGUGAAGGCAUAUUCCUAACAUGCAAAGAUCACCACUUUAUUACUUCAUGUGGUUGAAUGUAGCAUUUGUUUCACACUACAGAUACACCAGGAUUAAGAGGAAAUGUUCCCAUUACCAGCCUCCUGUUCCCAUCCCCAAUGUCCUACAUUGUUAACAUACAGACAUCCACCCCACAGUAGUGGUGGGAAGUUUUAGUGGGCAACUGUUUCUGCCAGAGUUCCCGCAUUGCUCAGGUCGCUUCCUGGUCACCUUGUGGGUUUAUUCAUGGAUCUAAUCUUAUAUUAAUGGACAUUGCUAUGGUAAGCGGAAAAAAAUCAUGUUAUUAACUGCUAUUAUUCAAUUGCUACUAUACCCGAAAGCUGUCUUUAGCAUUUGAAGCAACGCUGAAGACAGCUUCCGGGUAUAGUAAGAAAUCCCGCGCAGUAUCGUCCAGGACUCGGCCGAGAUGAGACGGAGAGUGUAAGACAACGUAUGAAUAUUCAUUAGCCGGGCGGUGCUGCGGGCCGGGCGGCGGUUACGUCACAGUGCCAGUUGAAGGCAGUAACCCUGCCCGUGCCAGUUAGCAGCUAAUUUGAAUAUACUGAAAACCAGCUAUAACGGGCGAACGGCGCAGCGGAUCCGGGCAAGGUAGGACUCAAAAUGUUCAGCGUCUCCCGCACUAUCCACAGAUACCUGUGGAUAGUGCGGGACAAAACAUAUGACAGUUUUCCUUUAACUUAUGAAGAAACCUUUGCCCAUGAAUCCGCCCAAUUGAGAUGGGUCCUGUUAUCUGUCAGCCUAUUCACUUAGAAUAUUACGGCACCAAGGUUUUUAUAGCAUAGUGUCACUUUAAAUACUUAAUAUCACUGAAGUUUAAAUAAAAAAAAAAAAGUCCAGUUACUGAAAAGUGUGUUUUUAGUUUUUACUGAAAAGUUUUUUUUAGUUUGUGUACUAUGUUUGCUUUUAAGGGUUGUAUGGAUGAAAGUACAUAAAGCAUAAAAAUAGCCUUGAAUACAUGUAGUAGGUAAUAGGCAUAUUAGGAAAAAGUCUGUAAAAAAACUAUGUAUUUAUAUCAUCUAAUCUUUCCUAAAAGGUUCAUGCUGGUUUUGUUUUUUUUCUUAGUCCUUGAUAGACAUUGUGGGCGAUUUAUUAAAGGGGUACUUCACUAGCCAUUGCUCGGAACAUUUAGUUACAAACACUGUGCGCGCGCUGCGGGGGUCUGCCACGCCUCCUCAAUGCAAGUCUAUGGGAGGGGGCGUGAGACAGGCCUUAGACAGGCUGAAGAUCUAGACCAGACCCAAGUUUAUCCCAAGUUUUGUUGUUAAUCUGCCGCACUGUCUUAUAUAUAGUAUUUUUAAACCUUGUUCUUUCCAUAGACCUUAUUGGAGCACAAUUUAUAGAGUAGCCAUCACAUCUCAUGUACAUUAAACAAAUGUCCUAUUGAUUUAAAAAGGCCUUUUGUUCUGCCUCAUUUCCCCUACAUCUUGAUCAGCAGCCUCUAACUUUAGCAAUAACAGCAGAUCAUGGGGGCCCAGAAAUGAUAAGGGACAGUUCUUCUAAAAAUUGCAAAACUACAACUCUCAGCAUGCCUGGACAGCCAACGGCUGUCCAGGCAUGCUUAGAGUUGUAGUUUUGCAACAUUUGGAGGACCUAAGUUUGGUGACCACUGAUCUAGAACCACUAGUCUAUUGGCAUUAGGUUGGUACAAAGAGUUAUUGUUCUGUGAGCACCCACAUUAUAUCCCUGUACUGUAAAUAGUAUUAUUCAGCAUAGAAACAUUGGUUUUAAUUGCAAAGUAUGAAAAAUCCCACAUUAUAUGUAACAUUGUGUUUCCAUGCUCUUAUUUUCCUGCUUGCCUUUUUAAUAAAGUAAAAAUACAAAACUGA